AAUAUGCUACCUGGGAACGAAAGCAAAGAAAAAGAAUCACACACACUUCUCAAAAACUUGGAAAACACACACAAAACAGACGUAUCUCGGAGUGAUUUUUGUUAAUAUUCUCCGUUGCGGUGGAUCGAAACAACUUUUCGCAGCGUGUUUGAACCAGUGAAGAGUGAAAAAAUGACGUCGGCCUUGUAUUUGGAGCAUUAUUUAGAUGGUUUAGAACAUCUACCCAACGAAUUGAAGCGAAACUUUACGCUGAUGCGCGAUCUGGACUCUCGGGCCCAGGUGCUGAUGAAAUCGAUCGACGAAAAGGCGGAUGAGUACUUGAAAUCGCUAGUCAACUCCAAGGAAAACAUCUCGAACGAGGUGAAGAAGGAAAAGUUGCAGGGCAUCCAGGAGCUGUUCAACAAAGCGAAGGAGUAUGGCGACGACAAGGUACAGCUGGCGAUACAGACGUACGAACUGGUGGAUAAGCAUAUACGUCGUUUGGACUCGGAUUUGGCCCGGUUUGAGGGUGAAAUCCAAGACAAAACUGUGAAUGCGCGUGAAAAGUCGGAGGAAAACGUUACCAAAAAGGGCCGUAAAAAAGUGAAGGAUAGCAAGAGUACGGUGAAAAAGAAGCGCACGCACUCCUCCGAAGAUGAGGCCAAACCGGCUGGCAACGGGGGUGUGGCAAACAGUGGAACCAGCAGCGGUGCGGCCAACUCGAACGGAAAGGGCAAAAACACAAAGAAGCAGAAGGUAAAUCAAGAAAAAGAAGGUCGCAAAGGGCAAAAUAAGAAGGGUGUGGAGAACGAUGACGCAGCGCAGGACGGUGGACACUCCACGCCACAUCCAAGCGACGUGCUCGAUAUGCCAGUCGAUCCCAACGAACCGACCUACUGCCUGUGCCAUCAGGUGUCAUACGGAGAGAUGAUUGGAUGCGACAAUCCGGACUGUCCCAUCGAAUGGUUCCAUUUCGCGUGCGUCGGUCUGACGACGAAACCGAAAGGGAAGUGGUUCUGUCCGAAAUGUUCGCAAGAUCGAAAGAAGAAAUAAGCGCACCCACCACCACCACACGACAUACAACAACAUACAUUUGGAAAACGUGCUGCAAAGGACGCUGCGCACGGCUAUUUUUACCUUUGAAUCACUAUUUUCAUACAUUCUUUUUCCAUGUUUUAACAUAGCUUUUAUUUAAUUGUACAGUCAGUAAUAUUAUAACGCGACGUUUGUUCCUGGGGCUGGAAAAACGUGUAUAGGCCGAUAGAAUAUAAUGUAGAUGAUUUAAAUGGACGCAAGAUGUUGAGUCAGAGAUGAACGUAGAUGGCUAGAGCGAUUUUUUAAUAAAAGUAUGGUAAUAAUAAAUGUCCCCACAUACGAUGAUGGCAUUAAACAGA